AUGCUGGCUGGCUCCAGUGUCAAUAACCUCCUCGUCGCCGUAUGCGACGAAACGGUGUUCACCUACUUUUCAGCCUACAAGGACGGCGCCAGUGGGUACGCCGACUACAUCCGCUUGGACAGCAACUGCUCGUGUAAGAUCCCUGACAACAUUGUGUCGGACGUGUCGGCAUCGUUACUGUGUCUGGCACGGCGGUAUUCACUCCACUCAAUCAAGAAGUACCGAAGCCUGGAGACGGCAUCGGUGUCAUCAGCGUGGAAGGAUUGGAGGUACUUGACCAUUCAGUUCAUCCAGAAGGAAAUUCACGCCUUGGGAGCCGAAACGUUCUACGAUCUCAGCGACCCAGAAGACCAGAAGAAGGCAGCGGCUGCGUUAUCUUCAUCAUCUUGA